GAGAACACAGUUGCUCAUUCACAUGCCCUCCUCUGCUUCACCCUGGUGCUGGCCAGCGCAAGGCAGUGUCGCCUGAACACCACAGCGGCCGGUCACAAUGAUUACUCCUCCCCGGUUAACUGCACUGCGCUGGAUCCUCCUGCUCACUGUUUCAGCUGGCGGUUCCCCCAUAUUGGCGUUUCACGUGACGGAGGGAAGCACAGUGAUUUUAUCAUGUCAUUAUUCUGUGAAGCAUCACGGUCUGAGCCACGUCUGCUGGGGUAGAGACUGUGGGACUUUCUGGUGUAACGACAUCAUUGUUCAGACCGACGAGUACGGCGUGAUCUCCAAAGUCUCGGACAGGUACCGGCUCAUCGGGGACGUGUUGUUGGGACAGAUGGACUUGGGGAUCCAGAAGAUACAGAAGUCAGACAGUGGGCCCUACUGCUGCAGAGUGGACAUAGAGGGCUUCUUCAAUGAUAAGAAGAUGUCCUACACAUUACAAGUCAUGAAAGCCCCAACAACUGUGGCUCCAACAACUACGACACAAAUUUCAACAGAACCAAUGGAAACACAAACAGCAUCUCUAUCAGAUCCGUCCAGAGGAGAAGACUCAUCACUCAAUGACAUUUCCUGGCAGAACGAAACUCAUGUGCAUUCAGGGGCAAUGAUGGAGGAGCCGAUCUCUAGGAUCAUGCUGCAGAUUAACAUCCCGGUGUUGUCUCUGUCUCUCAGUCUGCUUCUGCUUCUUUUGGGUGCUUUGGCCCUUUUGACCUUCAAACGUGGCUUUUAUGGGAAGGCAUUAGACAGUGGGUGUUUCUCAAAGGAGCCCAGACACAUUAUUUAUGAAAUACGAACAAGAAGACCAGUGGAGGAGAACAUCUACACCCUGGAGUAGAAACAAAACACGACUGAUUCUCAACUUAAGCCCCAAAAAUGGAAAUGUUCUCACUAUUUACACACCCUCAAGUAUUUCCAAACCUUUACGAGUUUCUUCCUUCUGUUGAAUGCAAAUGUAGAUAUUUAGAGGAAUACUGAAAACCUAUAACCACCAAACUUCCAUAGUAGGAAAAACAAAUACUAUGGAAAUCGAUGGUUAUCAUUUCUCAGCUUUCUUCAUAAUAUAUUAUUUUGCGUUUAACAGAAAAGUAAAGGGAGAUUAAAUGAGGGCAUUUUUAUUUUUAGGGUGAACUAUCCCACAGACAUAUUCUGCAAGUCUUCAUUAUUAUUCAUAACAAUAUGAGUGCAACUGGGGAAUCUCUUAUUUGCAUAUAAAAUACACAUAUUUAAGUAAUAUAAUGACGGAUGUUACAUUUUUGUCUGAAGCAUAUCUUAAAAUAUGUAAACUCAUGGAAAGUUGUACAAAUUGAAGAACAUAUAUAUCCUACACCUUAAAAAUAAAACUGGAAUAUUGGC